UAUAUCAUAGAAGAAGAAGUUGCUCAAUCUGUCAGCCAAAUAGUGUAGGUAGAGCGCUAUCAAACUGGUAACUAGAAUUUGUCUUUAUUCAACAUCGACAAGACGUGGCAUCAUUUUGGUACGUUUUUAAAACAACACAUCUGGAAAUUAGCUAGCUACUAUGGUCACACGUUGCCAUUGAUUGAUAUGGCUAAUGUUAGCUAGCUAGCUAACUAGUAGCAACCACCAUAGCUAGCUCAGGGGUAGAUAGUUAACUGUUUUACACGUGGUACGUUUAUUCACGUAACGUUAGAUAAGAUUAAAUAAAGUGGGUGUUUCAACAUCAAAUGUAAAUAUGACAUAGUUUAUAGAUUAUAGCCAAUCCCUGAAUUAGAAAACGGACUAAACUCAACUCCAUGGUGGAGGAAGUCCCACAACAACUACUGUUUCCUUGUUGAGAUUCAAUUGGCACAUGCGCAUUUGUGCCGAGUUGCCGUCUUAGCGCUACAGCUAUGAACAAACUGUUGGGAGAAUGUAUUAACGUCUACUGACAAAGUAUGGAUUUCAGCAAACAAAGAAAGGCACGCAACUACAGACAACAAACAUAGGUACACGAUGCUCCGGAGUCCACAAUGACCGCAGGUCCAGAACACCGCUCCGUGUUUGAGUACUGUCUUCAAGACUCUGCUCUACAGGAGGUCCGAGAAGUUACCAGUGUUCAUGAGCCUCCUGUAGAGCCUCCUGUAGAGCCUCCUGAACACACCAAGAAUCCACCACACAGUCAUGGAGUGACUGGGUGCCCCAAGGAGGAUCUCCAGGAUGAUCUCCAGCCAGAGAGCAGCCUGGGUAGAGAUGUGUCUGACAGGAUGGUGUGCUCGGCCUGCCAGUGCCCCUUCGACACCCGGGAGGAGCAGAUGGAGCACUACAAGCUUGACUGGCACCGUUUCAACCUGAGGCAGAGACCAUCUGGUAAAACACCAGCCACAGUGGAGGAGUUUGAGAGGAAGACCGGUGGAGGAGACAUGUCAAGCAUCUCAGGUUCUGACUCGGAGGACGAGGAACCAGACAGUGACUGGGUUGUGGAGAACACCGAGGCUGCUCCUCUACAGAAGGACCGCGGUGUUCUAGAAGCGGAAUCCUUCCGUCGCCUCUCCAACCGGGUCGUGUUCCAGAACUCUCAGGGGCAGUACCUGGCUGUCUACCGUUGUGUUCUGCAGAGCAAGUCUGCCAUAGAGGAAGACCUGGUGGCCUCUCUACAAAGUCUCAGUAACAAGACUAUGUGGGUCAUUCUGAUGGCAGGUGGUGGACACUUCGCAGGAGCCGUGUUUCAAGGGAGAGAGGUGUUGCAGCACAAGACGUUCCAUCGGUACACUGUGAGAGCCAAGCGGGGGACAGCCCAGGGUCUGAGAGAUGCUAAGAACAGCAGUCAUGCUCCUAAAUCAGCCGGAGCUGCCCUGAGGCGAUACAACGAGUCUGCGCUCGUCAAGGAGAUCCAGGACUUACUGGAGAGCUGGUCUGACCACCUGAUGGACGCCAGCGCCAUCUUCCUGCGGGCGCCCAGUCAUAACAAAACCCUGUUCUUGGGGGGUAAAGCGGCUCCGCUGGGGAAGAAGGACCCUCGGAUCAGAACACUGCCCUUCCCCACACGCAGAGCCACCUUCAGAGAGAUAAAGAGAGUGCACGAUGUCCUCUCCACUCUAAAUGUAUAUGGUAAAGACACUGACAUCUCCGACAUCCUGAGUCCCUCUAACAAAGUGUGGAAGAAGGCACGUACACCUGUGGCUCAGCCAGAACCUUCCCAGGAGACAACAGCACCCCUAGUGGAGGAGGAGGAGAGUUCAGGAGAGGAGCUGGAGACGGUGGAGGUGACUCUGGGAACUCUGGACCUCCGGGAACAUGAGAUCUACCCUGCCAGGAGGAAGAAGAGGAGGCGCAGGACAGAGGACAGAGGUCUAAGUAACAGGGAAGCUGUGGGGUCUCCUGCUGCUCCUGAAGACAGUAACCAGGAGAGAGGAGGAGAGAAAAACCAGGGGAGGAGGAAACCCAAGGGGAAGACGAGGAUACAACAUGAAGAGGGUGAGGUCCAGCUGCUGAUGGAUGCAGGCAGCGACCCGGCAUGCAGAGAUCUGACCGGCCAGACUCCCUACAUCGUUGCUCCUGACAAGGACACCAGGAACGUGUUCAGGAAGUACAUGGCUGAAUACCCUGACAAAUACAACUACAGCAAGGCUCUGGUUCCUGGUCCGCUGACGGCCGAGUUGGAGUCCAAGAAGACGGAGAAGAAAAGGGCUCAGAAAGCGGCCAAGAAAACGAGGGAGAAAGAACAGAAAGAACAGAGGAAGAGACUAGAGACGGAGGCCGAGGAGAAGAAAAGAUUUGCCUCCUUAAGCGAUCGAGAGAAGAGAGCACAGGCUGCAGAGAAGAGGUUGGCAGAGCAUCAGGCCUCAACAGGGGGAGACAUUUUAGACACCAGGCGGUGUUGGCAGUGUGGGGAGUCCCUGGUGGGAAAGGUCCCGUUUCAGUACCUAGACUUCAGCUUCUGCACCCCUCGCUGUGUCCAGGAGCACCGCAAGGCUAAUGUGGCUAACAGGAGCAGGGCAGGAAACUGACUUUCAUGUUGCUACCGCCACAACCCUACCAUACUGUCGCCACUUCCCUAUAGAAGCCUCAGGCCUACUAAUCUAUUGGUUGAUGGGGACAGAGCACGCAGACCCAGAGACCUAACUGAACCAAGCCCCAGACCUCAGUCAAUCUGCAGGGCCCAGUGAUCUUGAUGUUGCCCAUCUGAUAGGAUUAAAAUGCACAGAAAUAUAAUUAAUAGAACAUACGAAUGGGGACUCCUGUUCUAUUCAUUAUAUUUCUGUGCAUUUAAUCCCAUCAAAUAGGCCAAAAUCCAGAUGGAUAACUUUAGAUGAAAACUGGACCUGGUGCCUCCGAGACGAGCAGGCUUUGUUUACGAUUCAGUUUAACUCAGAAGAUCUGCCUUGUAGCACCGUUGGAAAUCUGAAAGGUCAUUUUCCCAUUUGAGCCUUGAACAUGCAGCGUUUAACGUGAAAGGUGGUUGCCUUUUAAAUGGAGCUGAUCGUUUCAGGAAAGGAGGCUGAACCGGUCUGAACCGGGUGUCAAAUGAAAUCACUGUUGGUGUGGAAUGGAAUAAUAAACCAUAUUAAUUCAGCUGUACGUGUGAUGAUGAAACUCUUUAUUCAUGUACACAGUGUUUUUAUGAAAUAGUAACGUGCCAAAACACCGACAGUAUCUGACAGAAGCACAGCAACUCAUGUAUUUAAAUCAUGUCAAAACAAUGA